GCUCGCCCCCUCGGCGUCCCCCGCGGCCACGGCCACCCCGGGCGCGCGGCGACCCCCUCCGCGCGGCGCAGGGGCCGGUGCGGGGGGGAGCCGGCUGGGCGUGGCCGAACUCCCGGGAUCGUCGUCGAGAAGCUCGGCGGGCCAUAUAUCAGCGCGGGGGCGGAGCGGGUAACGUGCCCGCAGCACGCCCGGGCCCCAGCGUUCCCCGAGGCCCGAGGCGGCAGGGCCCCGCAUGUGACCGCGGCCUGUGCGCGGCCGAGCGCGGCCCUAUGGUGGGUGGGUUGGGGGGGAUGGGUCCGGCCGGGCCAGUUCCCGCAGCGAAGCGCACGUAAGGUGCGGAAGCCGCACGUGGCGCGGCCCGUUCCCUUUGAUGCCCGCGUUGUUCCCGCUUUGUUCCGCGUGUACUUCCGCUACCGUUGCCGAUUAGCAAAUACUUGCUUAUUAAAUAAAACAGGAGGCUUAUACUUAAAUUGUCUUUUCGCAGGUUGUGAACUUAAAGCAGAUAAGGAGUAUCAGUUCAAAGUAGACGAUGAAGAAAAUGAGCACCAGUUGUCUCUGAGAACGGUUACUUUAGGUGCUGGAGCCAAAGACGAAUUACACGUUGUAGAAGCAGAAGCACUGGACUAUGAAGGCAACCCUACUAAAGUAGUGCUGGCAUCCCUGAAAAUGUCAGUGCAGCCUACGGUUUCGUUAGGGGGCUUUGAGAUCACACCGCCCGUGGUGCUGAGGUUGAAAUGCGGUUCAGGGCCUGUUUAUGUCAGCGGGCAGCACCUCGUAGCAUUAGAAGAAGAACCAGAAUCAGAUGAGGAAGAAGAUGAUGCAAAAAUUGUGAACGCUUCAACGAAGAGACCAGCAAGUGGAGGAGGAGCUAAAACACCACAGAAAAAACCAAAAUUAUCAGAAGAUGAUGAGGAUGAUGAUGAAGAUGAGGAUGAUGAUGAUGAUGAUGAGGAUGACUUAGAGGAUGAUGAGGAAGAAAUUAAACCACCAGUGAAGAAACCAGUCCGUGAGGUUUCAGGAAAAAGUAUGCAGAAAGCAAAGCAAAAUGGAAAAGACUCUAAGCCGUCCACACCAGCAUCUAAAUCAAAAACUCCAGAUUCCAAGAAGGAUAAAACUCUAACUCCAAAAACACCAAAAGUCCCUCUGUCAUUAGAGGAGAUUAAAGCGAAAAUGCAAGCAUCUGUAGAUAAGGGUACUAUCCUGCCUAAGCUGGAACCCAAAUUUGCCAACUACGUUAAGAAUUGCUUCAGGACGGAGGACCAGAAGGUCAUUCAAGCUCUCUGGCAGUGGAGACAGACUCUGUAAGAAAAGAAAACAGUUUAAACAGUUCAUUAAAAUCUGCAGUCUUACUUCUGUAACCAUUAUUUGGCUGUUCUUUUUACAAAUGCUGAAAGAGCUUUCCCUCCUGUGUCUGAUAAAUGUCAUCCAGAUUACCUUGCCAAGAAUGUGUUGUCCAAAAUGCCUGUUUAGUUUUUAAAGACGGGACUCCACCCUCAGCUUCAUUUUAAGUAUGUAUGGAAUGUUUUGAUAAGGCAUGGUGGUGGUGGUGGUCAGACAAAUGGAAAUGGUGGGGAGACUAAAUGUAUGUGGAAAAAGAAUAAAAUUUAGUAUUUUAAUAAAGUA